UUGGAAUUCCGUAGCCGUGCCGUGCUAGUGAUUAGUGAUUUAUCUAGGUUUGUUUAGUUUUUUUUUACCUUCAUUAUGUAUGAUUGAGUGCUUAGUAAUUAGUGAAACAUACAAUCAUCACAUAAUAAGUGGUUAUCGGUGUGAUAAAUCCAAGUGGGCGGGGCUCCAAGAUGCCGCGGAAGUUGCUGAAGUUCCUGAUCGUGUUCGACAACACGUCGCUGCUGUACUUCCCGGGGCAGUUCCUGUCCGGGAAGGUGCUUAUGGAACUGCAGGAUGACACUCCUGUACUUGGGCUACAUUUCCAUGUAGUGGGUGAGGGAGUGGUCCGCGUGGGCUCCGGCCGCCACGAGCGGCUCUUUGACAAAGAAAACUACAUUGACUUCAGGAUGCGACUGCUUGGUGAACCAGGAAACGGCGCCUCAGUCCUCUCCCCCGGCAUCCACAGUUUCCCCUUCAAGCUGGGGCUGCCGCAGGGGCUUCCCUCCACGUUCCUGGGCACGCACGGCUGGGUGCAGUAUUACUGUAAGGCGGCGCUGCGCGAACCCAACGGCCUCACCCACAAGAACCGCCAAGUGUUUAUAGUCUGCAACCCGAUCGAUCUUAAUUUGGAGCCUCCAGUUCUCUCGCAAGAAUUUGAAUGCAGCGUGGAGCACCGGCUCGGCGUGGGCUGCGUGGGCGGCGGCAGCGUGGCGUGCCGCGUCACGCUGGACCGCGGCGCCUACGUGCCCGGCGAGACCAUAGCCCUGAGUGCGGCCCUGGCCAACCACUCCCGGACCACUAUACGCGGCACCCGCGCUACUCUCACGGAGACCAUCCAAUACUCGGCUCACGGCAAAGUGUGCGCCAAGGAAGUGCGUGAGCUAGCCGCCCUGACGCGCGGCAAAGUAAGACCCGGCGGCACCGACACGUGGCGGCGCGAGCUGCUGUACAUCCCGCCGCUGCCGCCCACCAACCUGCGCGGCUGCCAUCUCAUACAAGUGCAGUACGACGUGUUUUUCAUAAUCGAGCCGAAGAGCCUGGAGAAGGAAGUGAAGCUACAGCUCCCGAUCCUCCUCGGCACGUACCCCUUCGCUUCAGAGCGGGACUCCGCCCCUCCCCCCAUCUACCCCAGCACGCUGCCCAUCUUCCGACCCUGGCUCGCCGAGAAACCACAACAUUGACACCACACAACAACUCCUGGUGUUACUAGGUGCCUAAUAGGUACUUAACUCUUCUCGUCUAAAUAGGAAUCGGUCUAUGGCUGAACGUAGCUCGUAGCCAUCUUUCGCCCAUGGCUGGCUGAGAAAAUACAGGAUUAAAUCUGAUGACAUCUAUAUCGGCAUCGGCGAUGAAUAUGUCUGUCAUAUUCUGUUGAAGACCCUGGAAAAUACUGGGUACCUCCUCGUUCGUAUUUGAACGGACCUCGUCUUCUUAACUUCUUUCCACUCAUAACAAAGGCAGUCCUUUCGGUAGCCCACAACCGCUUAAAAGAAUAAUGGCUUUGAAGAACACAUUUACUGCCAGCACGCGCGUCGAAAAGCGUCUACUACCAAAAAACCCGCCUAACGGGUCUGUAUCCCAUUAUACGAUAACUAUAAAUCUAGGAAUCGAAAUCUAGAUCUGUACUGUCUGGGUACAUGCUCAAAAAAUUCUUAGACUAAAUUAAACCAUUAUUUUAUUGCGUGGAAUUGACUUUUUAUAUCGACUUAUUUCUAAUGUACUACUAUUUUGUAAUUUAAUUCCUCGCAAUAAAUGUCGGUGUGUAUUAUUUUUGUGUACGUUCUUUUCCAAUUGUGAAAUGUACUUUAAUAUGAAAAUGCAUAAUAAAUACACUUAGGUUUUGUAAGCUAUAAAUACACAAAUACCGCAAUACGUGCUUCGCGUCUAUUUCAAACGUAUUAACCCUUUGACGGCCGUUCGUCAUAUCAAAAAUGUCACACACACGCCAAUAUUACUAGAUUACUAGUACACGAUUGAAGACUGUCAAUAAAAGUUUACCUUCAUUGUAAGCAUGAAGGUUAAUUUUUGGCGUUCAAAGGAUUAAGUAUUUGUAUCUUCGAGUAACACCGGCUUCCGACACGUCGGAAGGGAGGGGCCCAAGCGAUAUCUCACCGUACAAAUCUUUCUGCCAUUUUUCGCGGGGGGAAGGUGCACACAGUCGCACUUCUCACACACUUACAUACAAAAUCCAAUCAGAGGCCCUACCGGGAACCACGUUCCACGUGUUGCCUCUCUAUGGCACUUGUAAAUUCAUACGUAAGUGUGACAGGGAGGCAACACGUCAAACGUGGUUCGCAGUAAGCCCUCUGUAAUGACGACACAAAUACAUAGAAAAUGACACACGUCAAAGACGAAUCUUGCAAACCUCGUUCUCUUUUUCUGUACGGACGAGUGACUAGUGUCACAACACGCACACUAACACAUUUUCGUUGAAGUAUGUCAUUGUAUUCUGAGAGAUGAGAAGUCGGAUUUGUCGCUCGACCGAUCCGCAAUUUGUACUGAGCGAGCAAAAUCGAUAAAUCCAACAAUUACUUGAGACUAAAAUAUAAUAAUUGUAUUUAAAUGUAAUUAAACGUAUGAUAUGUAAAAAAAAAUAUUACAUGUGAAAUGUAACACUUUCUUUUUGUAAAUUUGAUGUCCCCGACCUCUUUUUAUAGCAAAAAACCGAGCAAACAGGCAUUUUUGUGCAGCAGUGUUCACGCGCGCGUCUGGACUCUGUCUAGUGAAAAAUCCAAGUGCAACUAGUUUUAUUACCCGCGCUAGAUUAGAUUGACGCGCUAAUCUUGUACCUCGGCAGAGGGGAAAUAGUGCGAUGCCGCCUCCCUUCCGUGUUGCUCGAAGAUUUGUAUAGAUAUUUUUUUUGUAAUUUCACAUAUUAGCGGCGCACUUUCCCACUUAUAAAUGACUUUUGUGCCAUCACAUUACUGCAGUUAUUUUUAUUAUUUAACACGUGUUUAUUAGGUCGUUUAACAAUGAAUUUUAUGUGUUUUAUGUUUUUAUCAAUUUUCUCGAAUUACUUAUCGCAAUAAUUACAGGUACUUUUAAGGUAUAAAAAAUGGAGUAUAUGUAAUUAGGUUUAAGAUUCGUGUUAUUUACGUCCUGAAUAUGAUAUUUUAUAACUAUAAAAAUGUAUUUUUAAUAUAACAGUUUAUACGACUAACCUGUGAUAAACCAGUCCGUCCAGUGUAUAUGAUCUAUAAAAAUAAAAUAUACUUUUUAGGAA